AUGAGUGACAGCAAAGAGAAACCCCAGGGCAGCAAAAAAGGGCCUAAUGUCAAGCAGCUUGACAGCAAGGGCAGCUUCAACCUGGGAACUUCGGAGCAACGACAGAAACAGAAGCCUCUUAGGAGAAGCCGCAGCAAUGACGCAGAAACCCGGCGUCGAGAAAGUAGCCGAGGUAGAGAACGGGACCGAAAAGAGGGAGGAAGGCAACAACGGGGUCGCAGCGAGGAGGGUAGGAGGCGAGACCACGACCUGGAGCCUGGACACCAGAAGACCGAGCAACCUAGAGAUGACCUGCAGGACACAGAGUGCAUUGUGUGCUUCUGUAGCUUCGACAACGUCUUCAAAGCUCCCAAGUUACUCUCCUGCGGACACACGUUCUGCUUGGAAUGCCUGGCGCGCAUCAACGUGAAUUCUCCAGAGAUCAAGACGUUGACUUGUCCGAUCUGUCGGGAGCUGACGGAAAUUCGACACGGACGAGAUCUACCACAGUUGGGAAAUAACGAAGACAUCUUCCGCAAACUUCCGGCCGAGAUGCAACGGGCACUUUCUGUGCGAUUUAAACGCAGCAAGGGCAAACUCAUUCUCAAGAAUCCUCCACCAAACAGCUCCAUUAAGACCUCUUUAAAUCUGCCGGUGUUGAAGAAGAAAGAGGAGCAGGCCGGCGGUAACCCGCUUGGAAUAAUGGAGGAAGGUCUCGGCCAGGCGACUAUGAUCGAUGUGGGAAGGCCGCCAAGCAGGAUGAGGGGUCGCAUGAGAAGGUUAAUGUAUUCCAAUCAGUGCUAUUAUGCCGUUGUUGCAGCCAUCAUCGCAAUCACUGUGGCUUUAAUGCUGGUAGGCAUCUUCACCUUUGUGGUGAUGCCCUAUAUGCACGGACCAAUUAGACCAUUCCAGAACCACACUACUCCAGAAAUGUCGCCUUGAGAGAUGAGGAAACUGAUGGGCAAAGCAAAACAAGCAAUUCUUGGUGGGGCCUGUUGCUUUGAACACAACACAGCAUUUUUUGGCUUUUGUGUUAGAUUCUUUAGACAGGCUCGAUAGGAAUGAACUGGAAAAACUUGAACAUAUGAUGCACUGAAGUCUAUUGAGCACGGACAUAUUUUACACAAACUGAGACAUUGUUUUGCAAAGGUCUUUAAGAACAAGAGGCAACAAUGACGUCUAUUCUGACCAAUGAUUAACUGUAUUUUUCAAAUGGAAAUUUUAGUUUUUUUUAAAGAGCUGGAUAAUAUUAAAUAAUACGGUAAUAAUAUUAUCAUACAAUAUUACUAUGCCAUUUGAUUUCAUGAAGAAUUAUGUAUUUUCAUAUAUUUCUUAUCUAUAUGGUUUGUGGUGUUGAUGCUAAUGGACAAAAAUGUGACAACUCACCAAUGCAAAUCACCUCAGUCUAAAAAUGUGCAUUGCAACACUAAUGUAAGCUCAUGAAUGUUCUUUCUUAUUUUAGAAAGACAUUUAUUAGAAAUAGAUCCUUCUUUGACAUAUGCUGCACAUAAUGUAAAUAAUGUACUCUGAUAUAUAAUUAUGGUUUAUGUUCAUAUUUUUUUAUUCUUUUGCACAAAUGGGAAGAGGCCAAAGUGGAAAAUAAUAAACAGUUAAGACCA